UUGGGCUACUAAUACUUUACCGCCCGUACGACGUAUCUAACAAUUGCGCCUAUUCUAGCUCACUUAGGUACGACUUGUCUUUUGGUAUGGGAUUAUCCGAUACGAUUACUUUGGUGUUCAAUACACUACACCCAGUGGACUACGAUUGUCAGGUAGAAAUACUCGCGGAGUCUUCUGACGUAUACUUAAUAAUAUCCAUUCUUUAUCCACAUAAUAUAGACUACAGCUGCUACCGAAACCCAACUGCGCUAACGGUGUACAAGGAAAAUGACAAAUGCUACAAAAUAUGUGACACCAUUGAUGCAAAAAACAAAAAGUCACCUUAUUUUGUUACCAGUGUUCGGGAAAGAUUCAAAUUUCACUUCUGGAGUAACAGCAGUGUUAAUAUAGAUAUGAACGCUCACAUGUACCAGGUAACCGCUACGGCAGCACGAAUGCUCUCACGCCGCAAUAAAGAGUGUUACAGGAAAAAUGAAUCAUUAUGUGUAAACAAUCACAAUAGAUACUGUUUUACCAGCGGCGUAGUGUGUGACGGAAUCAAAAACUGUGGAGUUGCUGACUGGUUCGAUGAGCGCAAGGCCGAGUGUGGUCUACCGGUGGAAAAGCUUGGCUUCGCCCCGGUAUUCGCAGUGACCGGCGCCCUACUCUGCGCCGCGCUAGCGGCCUGGCACGUCCUCACCAAAUUUCUACCACCCCUGGCCAACUCCUUCUUUGUAUUUAAUGCUAAUGAAGACAAUAGACUUCGUGUAGAUCCAGUAUUCACAUCCCCGAAUGCGUGCUCUCGCGACAUUCACAGAGUUCAGCGGACCUCGCUAGUGCCGGUGUCUUCAGAAUCAUCAUCGUGUGACUACUCCGAUGUGCUAACUAAACACAAGUUGCAACAAUUAAACCAGGAGAACUUUACUGACCGUGAAACAAUACCCAGGACCAACACCAUGCAUUCUAUGACCGCUAAGUUACAAGAGAAACUCCGGGCAGUAACUCGGGGCAAGUCCAUAAACAAAACAUCAGCGCCGACAGCAAGCACCAGCUUCAACAUGAACCAAGUGUACGAUGUUUAAUAAAAUAAGAGACUUAAACAAUUAUAAAAACGUUGUUUAUUCAA